UGCUCGAUGCGUCUUUCCACUGGAGCAAGUGCAACAAGUUCAACAAGACAGCAACAUUUCUAUUACAGUAAUUCAACAACCAGAUACCAACAUUUCCCCGCCCGUGCACCACUAGCAGCGAUCACACCCGCGGUAAGUAUUCCCGGCGCACAGGUGAACCUGCCUUCCCACCAUCCCAUAAUCCCGCUUGAUCUCCCGCACACGUACGUCUCCACAUACAGCUCCCUCCAUACACACACACUGGCACAUCCGGACAAUAAUUCUCUCGAGACGACAUCCAGCUACUGGUGUGUGUCCAACCACUUUCCGCAUUCUCCGAAAAAAGUGGGAUCUUCCGCUGUGGAAUAACCAAAACCUUGUGUGUUUUCUUCCCAAUCGACUAUUGUUUCAUUACGUCAUCUUAUGGCACGAUGAAUCCGGCGUUGGUCAUCCGUUGUCGGCCGGCAUUGGUAAUGUGUCGUUGUCCAUGGGUUGCGGUGCAUCCUCGUUAGCGGCAGCCGCGGCGGUUGACGGCGGCGCGGAUCAACCACCCCCGUCCUCCAUGCAGUCAUGCCUCUCGUGGCCAUCGCGUGUCUUCCUCAACCGCUCCCGUGUCAGCAACGGGAAGGAUGCCCCCAAGAAAAUGCCCAAGAUCAGUAUCCGGGUGGGCAUGAAUGUUACCCGCCCCGGUCCGUAUCUGGGCCCCAAGAUCAUCUUCAUCUUCGGCGGACCCGGGACGCAUAAGGGCCGCGUGGUCGAUGAUGUCGCUCAAAUGUUCGGCCUGACCGUGAUAUCGGGCGAAGCCCUUCUCCUGCAGCACGUGCUGGACCGGGUGGCCUCCAGUACGUCGCUACGCGAUGCUAAUUCGCACAAUAAUGUCAAGGCGACGGCGUUCGGCGGCGCGAUCGGCAGUACGAUGCUGGCGGAGACCGGCAGUAUCCAUUCGGGCAGUCUGGCGGCGCUGGGCAGCGCCCGUCCGCGGCGCGGCAGUCUGCCUACCUCCGACUCCAAGUCGUCGCUGCGGGUGGGCGAUAAGGAGGAUGGCGAGCGCAGCGAGGUGGACGAGAACGAUCGCAUUAAUACCGGGCCGGAUAUGCGCGGAUUACAGGAUAUUCUGCGGGAAUACUCCUCCAGCAUCACCCUGGACUGGCUACUGCAGCUGGUGUCCGACGAGAUUGAUCUGGGUGUGUCGCAUAAUGUCAGCGGCUUCCUGGUGGACCUCAUGCCUAAUAUGCGCCAUUUGCUCAAAUGCGAGACGCUGAUUAAGGACUGCUGGGAUGAGAUGGAGAAGCUGGAGGAGAAGUACCCGGUGCUCUUCUCCAUUGAUCUUGCCGUGCCACAGGAUAAACUGCCGAAGAGCGAGGGGAAGGGCGGCUCGAAGGAUAAGAAGACGAAUGCGGACGGGUCGGAGGCCAGCACGUCGGACGAGAUGGACUCGUACCGCAUGCAGCGCCGCUACGCCCUCUACGAGUCGGCCGUCCUCAAUUUCCUGCAGUACUUCCGGGAGACCGGCCGGCUGGUCAGUGUGGACGCCAGCAGCGGGGUGCCGGACCUGAUCUGGCAGAAGAUCAGCGACUUCCUCAUCCAUAUGGACUUUGUGCCCAAGCGGGCCGUCAACUGUGUGAUUGUCUUUGCCUUCGACGAGGACGCCUUCGUCGGCAUGGAUAUCAGCAAGUACAGGAUGCUGCGUAUCCGUCUGGCCAGUCUGGCCGACAACCCCUUCGCGCCCAUCGAGGACCUCAUCCGCAAUCUGUGCCGCUUCAUCGACAUCUCGGCCAACAUCGCCAACGCCUUCGCCGUGGAGCUCUACGGCACCUCCAUCGACCGGCACAUCCUCAACAGCGAACACUCCAAGCACAUCCUGCGCAAGCGCAAGCUCUUCUUCUGCGAAGUGGAACAGGUCACCCUGGACCGCUACAUCACCUUCGCGCCCAACGCCCUCAAACGCUUCGGCGCCAAGCCCAGUCUGGCGUCGCGGCGGUUUCAGUCGGUGUGCCUGCCGGAUCAGGCGGUCUGCCUCUUCCCGCUGGACACCGAGCCCAUGCUGUGCCGCAUCAUCGCCGCCCACGUCGGCCAAGUGAAGAGCGACCGCGAGCCGGAGUACAGUCGCCGGCCCCCGCCGACCGCCGCGGGGGAGGGCGGGACCGGGGGGCGGCGGGGGUCCGCGGGGGGGAUUACCUUUGCCGUGCCGUCCAAAGCCACGCCCAAUGGUGUCCAGCACCGGAGAUAG